CAAACUGAAACUUAAACGUAAGAAUCAGAACUAAAGGUUUAUUAGAAAUAAAAAUAUGAAUGAAAGAUUAAACUUUAUAUAGCUUAAGUCUUAAUAAAAAAACCUUUAACGAUAUUAUCUAUAACUAUAGUAUAGCUGAGUUUGUGAGUGUGUGUGUUGCAUCUAUAGAAAUCCACAUUUUCCACUUUUUCGUAAAAUUUUUUACAUCAAUGGAAUUUUCUCGAUGUGAACUUUCCAGUGCAGUGAUUAGAUUUUUUAAAUUCCAUUUACUUUGUGUGAUUUAAGGGAGAUUUGGCUGUUAUUUCUAGCAACUUUCAUAUUUCUUCCCUUCUACCUGUAACAGCGUUCUUACACAUCGAUCACGCGUUCAACAUAUAAUAUAGAGAGUAAGAGUAAAAGAGGGAGAGAGAGAGAGAGAAAGUGAUACAUACAAAGUCAUAGAUUAACUUGGUUUACCUUUUCACUCUUACUUCUUCUUCCUCUCUCUCAUUUAAUACCUUUCCUCUACCUCUAACAUAUUUUUCAUGAUAUAGAAACGUAAAAACACACAACCACACAUACGUGAUCUGUGACAACAACACACAUAAACACAUACACACAUCAACAUUAUAGAUAUAAGAUUUACUUUGUGUGUGUUUAUUAUACAAACACGCACAUGCGUUGCUAUCUUAUAACUGUCUUCCGUUUUCCCUUCUUUUCUUUCUCUCUCUUCAUUACUCCCAUUCUAUAUUCCUUUCUCUCUUCCUGUCUCCCUCUUUUUUUUACAAGUUUAAAUGGUCCCACUCACACAAAGCACUAAUAAUAAAUUGUUUUGUUUAAGUUAGCACUACACUCUGAGUGGUUGGCGUUAGGAAGGGCAUCCAGCUGUAGAAACUCUGCCAAAUUAGAUUGGAGCCUGGUGUUGCCAUCCGGUUUCACCAGUCCUCAGUCAAAUCGUCCAACCUAUGCUAGCAUGGAAGGCGGACGUUAAACGAUGAUGAUGAUGAUGAUGAUGAGGACAUGAUAGAAAGGAGAAAGAUAUUCAUUGCAAAUCAGUGAACUUCAUUAGAAAUGUGGGUAAUUUUUCAGAUUAACACCCGCACGAUUUUCACUAUGGUGUUAGGGUUAGGAUUAGGGUUAGUGUUACAGUUACGGUUUUAAGGUUAGGGUUUUAGGGUUAGGGGUUAGGGUUUGGGUUAGGAUUAGGGUUUUAGGGUUAGGGUUAGGUAAUCGUGCGGGUGUUAAUCUGAAAAAUUACCGAAAUGUGAAAACUGCCGACCCUGCCAUCUGUUAUAACUUUUGUUGUUCUGUUUAAUAUGUACAUAGAUUAUGCCUACAAAGAAGAGAGUUUGCUGGGGAAAGAAUGCAACCGGUUUAAAAAGACAGCAACAGACUGCACCAAUUCACCACAUUCCAGAAGCUACUUCAAACAUAAUGCAAAAUGGUGCAUCAACAUCUAUUGCCCAAUCUGAUAGAAUUCUAGCAGAACUGUGUAGCAACAGAUCGCCAGCAAUUGCUUCAUCACAAAUUGCCGUCCUAGCUCCUGCGAAAAGGGAUUAUCCUGCUAUGUAUAAUCAGGGUAGCACAAAAAGUUGUUUUGCACAAGCAUUUGUAUAGCCAAUUAUCACAAUUUUAAAGUCGGAGCAUGAGUUAAGUCCCCUUCUAGCGACUGUGAUCCUUCGCAAACGAUCACCGUCUAUUUUGUAAACAAUGUUACGAAACUGUUCGUUUUCGCCGUUUCUCCACAACUAAUUUCCAAAGAUUAGCUAUAUUCUUUAAUAGAAUUGAUUUUCGAUAGUUUUAAUCGAUUUAAAUUUCCUUCCUAUUUGAAAAUUAGUUAUGAAACACGUGUAGUCAUUUUAUUGUCUUUAUCUUAUGAUAUUUACUUUGUAUUAUAUUAUACUCAUUUAUUGUGCUUUUAAUUAUUAAUUUUUCUAUAUGUGACUGGAUUUUCAUCGAUGAGUUCAUGAACCUUGGUUCUUUUCCCUAAAACUAUAUAUUUAUAUAUAUUUUACUCUGAAACUUAAUUUAAUUUUAAUUUUUAAUAAAUUGAUUUUAAUUGAGUUUUUACCUGUAAUUUUGGAUUUUAUCCCUAAUAUUAUUAUUAUGUGUGUAUAUAUAUAUAUAUAUAUACACAUACACAUAUAUACACAUAUACAUAAAUGUAAAUCACAAAUGGAAAAAAACCCAACGAUACAUACACACACACACACACACAUUUAUAUAUAUGUAUGUAUGUAUAUAGAUAGAUAGAUAGAUAAAUAGAUAAAUAAAUGGAGUUAAACGCAGGUGUUAUUGAAAUCUUUUUACUUCCGACAUAUGUUUCAAAGAAAACAUUGGUAUUAUUCCAGAAGGAAUAAAAUGAUGUAAAACAAUGCAAUCAUGUCAUCAGGAAAAGAAAGAAACCAAACACAUCAGUAAGACAUUUUAACAGAAUGUGAUGACUGCGUAUAUGAUGAAGGGAAUGCUAGCAAGUUUUUAAAAAUAAAACCGUUAAUAGAUAUAACGUCAAAGGCAGUUUAUAGAAAGAGGAGGAGAAAGAAAGAAAUUAGCAGAAAACUAAUAGUGGAAAGAUAUAUAGCGAUAGGAAUAAAGCUUAAAGGCUUGUAAGUAGAUAUAUUUAGUGGAAGUGAAAUGUAAGAAGACAGUUAAAGGUCGAAUUUUAUAGAAUGGUAAAAAUCAUGUAUACAUAUGUAUAUAUACACAUACAUACAUGUAUAUAUAUAUAUAUACACACACACACACACACACACACACACAUACAUAAUGAUUCAAAAUCAAGGUGCAGAAAUGGCGUAUUCCGAAUGAACAAGGUAAUGUAAUCCGAUGGUAGAAAGAAUUCCGCGAAUUAGGUAUUCUGAAGUCAGUCAGAAGGUUGGGGUUUAUGUGAGCGUGUGGUAUAUAGUAAAUCCCAAAAAGAACAAACAAACACAAAAAAACAACAACGCGAGGACAUGGUACAUGUAAAGUAUUAGCAGAUGCUCAAGGGAGGAAAUAAAGAUGGUUUAACAUUUCGAACAGACGCUAUUCUUCAGAAACAGAGGAAAGUCCAAUAGAAGGUAAGAUGGAGGAAGAAAAUCUCCAAUGAUUUCAAAAUGUAACUACAUGUGAAUCACUUCAACAUGUAACCACAUGUGAAUCGUUGGCGAUUUUCUUCCGUCUUCCCUUCUAUUGGACUUGCCUCUGUUUCUGAAGAAAUGCAUCUGCUCGAAACAUUAAACCAUUUUUCUUUCCUUCCCUGAGCGUCUGCUAAUACUUUACAUGUACCACGUUCUCGCAUUGUUGUUUUGUUUGUUCUUUUUGGGAUUUACUAUAUAUAUAUGUAUACAUCUGUGUGUGUAUGUGUAUAUAUAUAUAUGUAUAUAUAUAUAUAUACAUAUAUAUAUAUAUAUGUGUGUGUGUGUUUAGUAGAAAAUAUUUUAGUGGGGAAACAUGGUGGAUAUAUAUAAAGCGAAAAGAUGAAAAAAUAUAGAAGAUUUGUUUUACAUGAUUUAAGAGUAUAUUAGGGCCAUGAUAAUAAAGGUAUUAUACAAUUUUGUGCAAAAUCAGGUUUUGUUCUUUCAACAUAAUUGAAGUAAGGACCAGUUUUGCAUUGCUCAUCAAACUGAGAGUUGAAAAAGAUAAAUUGCUAGGGAAGAUAAUUGUUCACUCAUUUAUUUUGCAGUAAAGGGGAAGUAAAUCUGUACUUUUUUUUUUGUUCUUUUGUGUUCUAUAAAUUAUUUUGGCUUAUAUCUUCCAUAAGAUGGGGUAAGUCCUUUAUUUUUAAUAUGGGUUCAUAUUUAAUUCUUUUUUAUAUUUUUGGAUAAAUCAGGCUUCUUUGUUCAGUCUUACUUGUGUUGAGGUCCAGAAGGCAAGUUAAUAAAAUGGGAAAAUUAUGAAUUGUAGUUGUAAUUGUUCUGCACAUUUGUUAGUGUGUUGACUGAGGUAUAUUUGGUGAUAUUGUUGGGGAGGAAAUUUGUCUGUGGAACAUACAUCUCUUUCAGAUCCAAUUUCCUAUUGAGCCAAUAUAGUUUCGAUGGCAGCCCAAGCAUCUGGUUGCAUAAAUGAGGUUUUUGGAGGUGCAAAUGAAGUUAGAUUUGAUUUUGAAUAUUUGUCCUUGUCAGAAAUGGAAUUCUGAUGCUUCCAAGAGACUGGGACAUGUUCUGAAAUUAGGGCGACCACACUUUACGACUAUUGUGUCCGUUGUUCUAGAGAAUAGUUUGACAUUGCUGAGAAUCUUUUUCAGUAUCUUAGGCUGUUUGCUGCUCUUAAUGAUUUUAUGGUUACUUAGAAUUUUUUUGUUUAUUUUUUGAAUCAGUAUGUCUAGGAAUGGGAGUGCCUCAUGGUUGUGUUCCAUUGUAAAUUGUAUGUUGGUGAUAAUGUUAUUGAGAAGUCUUUUGAACUCUAGGAGCUUAUCUAUGUCUUCAUUCCAGAGGAUGAAGCAGUUGUCCAAAAAUCUUUUCCAAUUUUCUUUUAUGUAUUGGGAGACAGGGUUUCCAAAUUUUGAAAAAGACUCCUGAUAUAUUGUUAUUUCUAAAUAGCUCAUUGUUAGAUUGGCAAUGGUUGGGGCUGCCUUGGUUCCCAUUGCAAUUCCAAAUUUUUGGCAAUAAACAGUGGUGUCAAACAUGAAAUGGUUGUUUUGGAGGAUGAAUUUAAUUGAUUCGAUUAUGAAAUCUUUGUUGAUCCAUUCUGGUAUUUCUUAUGAAUAUUUGUCCAGCCAGAAAUGGAUUGCUUCUAUUCUAUAACUAUGGGGUAUGAUGGUGUAUAAAUUAAUCACAUCAAAUGAUACCAUGAUUGUUUCCUCCUUGACUCUUUCUGGAAGGUGAUUUAACAUAUCUUAGUCAUCUCUAAUAUGACUCUUGAUAUGUUUUAGAAAUGGUUUCAGGAGAAUGUCCAUGAAGCAACUUAAUGUAUUUCACAGGAUGGUCCAGCUACAAUGGGCCAUAAUUUUAGGUCUGCUGGUGUAUGUAUGUAUGUAUGUAUGCCUUUGGAGAUUUUUUGAUGGCUUCGUUUAUAGUUUGGCUUUUGUAAAGUUUAGGUAGAUCAUAGAAAAGGCUAGGUUUACAUUUAUAGUUUAUCAAAUAGUCUAUUUCUUUUUUUUGUUACGUCUUUUCCAUGGGUUUGGAGUAUUGAAAAGAGGUUUUUCAUUAUUUUUCAGGGUAUGUAAUUGUUGACUUUUUUGUAGUGUUCAUCAUUAUUAAGUAUGGAUACUACUAGAUUUUUGUAGUAAAAUGUGCCCAUUACCACUACUGCACUUCCUUUGUCCGCUUCUUUGAUUGUUAUUUCCUCACAUCCCCCACAAAGACAGAAAUAAUAAUCUCAAUGAAUUUUGUUACCGCAGUGAAAAUUUUCCCUAUUAUGCCCUGCACAAACAAAAAAUUACUUCAAAUUUCAGCACCACCCAAUGGAAAGAGCUAAACUACAAAACAAUGAAGAAAUAAGAUUGUUAAUAUUUCACAUGACUCCCAUCAAUAUUGCACACAGACAGGAACAGACAAACAUGAAACUCAUUGAUCCAACUUCUCUGUUCUUUUUUUUAAGUUCCUAUUAUUAUUUUCUCUCUGCACUAAUGAGUACUAUGAUAAUUUUCAAUUCAAAUAUGAAUUUUAUCUAUGUACAAAACAAUUGUAUGCAUGAAUAAACUUCUUAUAACUUUUUAACAUCUUAUCUCCUCCAUUUUGACAAAUAUGAUUGGAUUUGUAGAACUUCAUUCCAUGAAUUAAUCAUACACUUAAUAUUCUAAUACUACUAUUCAUAUCUUCGCCAAUUUAUACCAGUAAACUCACAGCAAAGUAUGAAGAAUCAAUGUUAGAAAUCUCUUUUGGAAACCACUCCAAUUAAAGGACGAAUCCACAUUCAUUCAACCUGUUACACAUGUAUAUGUGUGCACAUAAUAUCAGAUGGCAUUAUUACAACAUUUUACAUGGGAUACGUCAUCGUCCAUAUUUAUCAUCUUUUACAAACUGAAGGAAGAUGCUGUGUAUAAUAAAUAUAACCCAAAUUGUAUAAAUCUAUAAUAGAAUUACUGUGAAAUAUUUUGUUUGAACUGCAAUUAUUGUCAUCAAUUCUCUACUGCUUGGAAUGAGUACAAGAUGAUUUUGAUUGUAAUUUAACUUGGAUAAAUUUACAAAGAAGUUUGCUGCAUCUUCAGGUAUUGACACAGGUCACAUUUGAUGUAACUAUAGAAAAGUAAAUACAAACGUUAAAAAAACAAGAAAACUAAUUAUUUAUUGUAAUGAGACAAGAAAAAUUAUGGACAAGUGAAUACUCUGUGUAACUUAAAAAUUGAUUUUGUUUCCUGAAGAGAUGCCGAAUGAGUGUGGAAAAUCAUCAUAUCACUGUGAUAUUUGUGAUAAAUCAUUCUCUCAAAGAGGUAACCUAACUACCCACAAACGUAUUCAUUCAGGAGAUAAACCACAUCACUGUGAUAUCUGUGGUAAAUCAUUCUCUCUAAAAUGUAACCUGACUACUCACAAACGUAUUCAUACUGGAGAAAAACCAUAUCAGUGUGAUGUCUGUGGUAAAUCCUUCUCUGGAAGUAGUGAUGUAACUACACAUAAACGUAUUCAUACAGGAGAGGCACCAUAUCACUGUGAUAUCUGUAAAAAGUCAUUCUCUCAGAAAGGUAAUCUCACUACUCACAAACGCAUUCAUACAGGAGAAAAACCAUAUCAGUGUAAUAUCUGUUGUAAGUCAUUCUCUCGAAAUGAGUUAACUGUUCACAAACGCAUUCAUACAGGAGAGAAGCCAUAUCAUUGUAAUGUCUGUGGUAAAUCAUUUUAUCGAAAUGAUGAGUUAACUACUCACAUACGUGUUCAUACAGGUGAGAGACCAUAUCACUGUGAUAUCUGUGGCAAAUCAUUUGCUGUAAAUAGUACUUUAAUUACUCACAAACGUAUUCAUACUGGAGAGAAACCAUAUCAAUGUGAUGUCUGUGGUAAAUCAUUUCUUCAAAACAGUGAUGUAACUAAACACAAACGUAUUCAUACAGGAGAAAAACCAUAUCACUGUAAUAUUUGUGGUAAAUCAUUCUCUCAAAAUAGUCACUUAACAAAACAUGCUUGUGUAUGAACAAAAAAGUAACUAUUUCAAUGUCAUAAAAAAAUCUGCUUUAAUUAAAGAAGUUAUGUUUUCACACAAGAAAGAUGCAAUAAUGUGAUAACAGCCUGCCAACACUAUUUUUUAUGAUUACAACUAGGUCUAUAUGAAUGAGAUAACUUACUAUUUUUGAUAAGACUGUACUCUCAGAAUUCUCGUGUAUGUCCUGUUUGACAUAUUUUCAUAAAGAACUAAAAGUUAGUGUUGAUUUAUUUGACAUUGAGGAACAGCUACCCACCACAUGGUUCUGAGUUCAGUCCCACUGCGUGACACCUUGGGCAAGUGUCUUCUACUAUAGCCUCGGGCCGACCAAAGCCUUGUGAGUGGAUUUGGUAGACGGAAACUGAAAGAAGCCUGUUGUAUAUAUAUAUAUGUAUGUGUGUGUAUAUGUUUGUAUGUCUGUGUUUGUCCCUGCAACAUCGCUUGACAACUGAUGCUGGUGUGU